AUGGCGGCUCCGAGCCCCAGCGGCGGCGGCGGCGGUGGUGGCUCCGGGGGCGGCAGCGGCACCCCGGGCCCCGCGGGGUCCCCGGCGCCCGGCCACCCGGCCAUCAGCAGCAUGCAGGGCUUUCAGAUAAACUUCUCUGAAAAGGCACAAAGUAAACGCAAAGCACUGAAGUUGAAUUUUGCAAAUCCACCUUUCAAAUCUACAGCAAGGUUUACUCUGAAUCCCAACCCUGCAGGAGUUCAAAACCCACACAUAGAGAGACUGAGAACCCACAGCAUUGAGUCGUCAGGAAAACUGAAGAUCUCCCCUGAGCAGCACUGGGAUUUCACUGCAGAGGACUUGAAAGACCUCGGAGAGAUUGGACGAGGAGCUUACGGUUCUGUCAACAAAAUGGUCCACAAACCAAGUGGGCAAAUAAUGGCAGUUAAAAGAAUCCGGUCGACAGUGGAUGAAAAAGAGCAGAAGCAGCUCCUCAUGGAUUUGGAUGUAGUGAUGCGGAGCAGUGACUGCCCGUACAUUGUUCAGUUCUAUGGCGCGCUCUUCCGAGAGGGUGACUGUUGGAUCUGUAUGGAACUCAUGUCUACCUCGUUUGAUAAGUUUUACAAAUAUGUAUAUAGUGUAUUAGAUGAUGUUAUUCCAGAAGAAAUUUUAGGCAAAAUCACUUUAGCAACUGUGAAAGCACUAAACCACUUAAAAGAAAACUUGAAAAUCAUCCACAGAGAUAUCAAACCUUCCAAUAUUCUUCUGGACAGAAGUGGAAAUAUUAAACUCUGUGACUUUGGCAUCAGUGGACAGCUUGUGGACUCGAUCGCCAAGACAAGAGAUGCUGGCUGCAGGCCUUACAUGGCACCUGAAAGAAUAGACCCAAGUGCAUCACGACAAGGCUACGAUGUCCGAUCUGAUGUCUGGAGUCUGGGGAUCACAUUGUACGAAUUGGCCACUGGCCGAUUUCCUUAUCCAAAGUGGAAUAGCGUAUUUGAUCAACUAACGCAAGUCGUGAAAGGGGAUCCACCACAGCUGAGUAACUCUGAGGAAAGGGAGUUCUCCCCAAGUUUCAUCAACUUUGUCAACUUGUGCCUUACGAAGGAUGAAUCCAAAAGGCCAAAGUAUAAAGAACUCCUGAAACACCCCUUUAUUUUGAUGUAUGAGGAGCGCGCCGUUGAGGUCGCAUGCUAUGUGUGUAAAAUCCUGGAUCAGAUGCCAGCCACCCCGAGCUCCCCCAUGUAUGUCGAUUGA